AGUAUGUAAAGGCAAUAGAGGAACGAUAAUUGUAUAAAAGUUCAGCCGCAGUCGGAUGAUGAUACUUCAAUGGGUGGGGCAUUACACAAAAUGAAAUCAUGGAAGGCUGAAGGCAGUCAGUCGCCCGCCAAGUCUGAUAAAAGUUUGUCCCCAAAUGGCAAACUACCGGUAUCACCUAGUAGAAGUUACCCUCCGAAUGGAACUCACUUUACUUAUGAAAAGGCAAAACUAAAAGCUCUGUCACAGAACAAAGCUGGAAAGAGAAAAGAUUCUACUGCAUCUGCAGUGGGACAAAAAAGGAGAAACUUGAAAAGAAAACUAGAAGACAUUGAGAGCACAGACAUGCGUCCAAAAAGAAGAAGGGUGAAUUCGUCAGAUAGAAAACUGUUGAAGCAGUUAGAUGGUGCAAGUAAUAAGACGGACGUGCUGGAUGCUCGAGAGAUUAUUGUAGCUAGGAGAGCCGGUAGACUAGAAAAUGAGAAAAUGUCCUUUAGAAAGGAUAUACUUGAAAACAAGGAAGAAGAAAAUGUUGAAAAACAGAGAAGCAAAGAAAAAUUGAAGUUGAACAAUAUGCAGCGAGUAAGAUCAAGUCAUGAUGACUAUGAUGGCAUGAAUAAAUUAGACAAAUCCACAAUCAAGAUUGUUGACCAGAAUCUUAACCAUAUAACAGAAAGUAUUAAUAGAGAAAAUUUAAAAGAAAUAUAUUCUAAAAAAAUACAAGAUGCCAGUGACUCCAGUCCUUUUAAAGGUCAAAUGAGUGCUUUCGAAAUUUCAUUGCUGAAAGGAAAGCAAAAUCUCGAGAGAAGGAAAAGUAUUGAGUCUGCCACCCUGAGGUCCUCUCCAAGAAUGAAUGCCAAUGUGCCUAAACCAGACUAUCGGGAGAAAAAGAGAAAUAAAAGUAGGCUAUCUUUAGCCUCGUCUUUGGACCGCCAGGAGUUAUUAGAUAAAAAGACUAAGAGAAAUAUUAAGAAGACUCGUAAAAGGACGAGGACUGUAGAUGUAGUUGGUUCUUUAUCGCCAAGUUCAGUAGAGAACAAAAUUGUAAAGCCAGUACCAAAGCGGAGGAAAUCCAAAGUGAGCAUAAAGGCUGCUGUAAGUUUGAACACAGAGAAAACUAUCAAGUUUAGGUUAAAUGGAUCUCCGAAGCUCAAGACUCUACCCACACGACUUUCACUAGACAGUUUAUCAGGGACCAGUGACCAGCAUCAGGGAUCUGCAUUUACAUCAUUACAUAAACAAAUCAUGCCCAACAAAGUCUCAGGUACCCCAACAGCAUUAAAUUCACCUGCAAUCAUCAGCUCAGACAGUAAGUCCUCAACAUGCUUCAACAAGCCUCUCGAACGUCCUAACACACUUCCUGUCAACAAAUGUGAUAGUCCAAGAAAAUGUGAGAAUCUAUCCGACCACUGUUACACUAAAGCAACAGAGACAGCCAAGACCAAGAAUGAGCAAAUGAGCAAAUCUAGAAGUAAGAAGAGCCUGGAAGAAACUGUGAACAUGCUGCGUCGUAAUACAAGUGCCAAAUGUAAAGAAAUCACUCACGGGAAGUUGUCAUUGACACCUUCUAGAUCAGAAAGUCGCACAUCGCGCCGUUCCUCAGUCAAGCACUCCUAAUAGUCUCCAAUAAAGU